GUCAUUGACAUACCUAAGGUACCUAGCGGUAAAAAUGAGUCUCAAUCUUUGGGCAUUAUAAUUGAUAUCUGUGGUGGGUCUUAAUGAGACGUGAUUGAGUGAACUGGAAAUAAUUUUUAUUUCAAUUUAAGCUGAUUUAAAAGAACUCAUAUAAAUAUGGAAGUUAUCGUUGCAAAUGUCGAUCACAUCAAAUUUGAUAUUGAUUUCGCCUUAGAAGAGCAAUAUGGAGCUCUUCCUUUACCUUUUCCUGGAAUGGACAAAUCAACAGCAGCUGUGUGUGAAUUUUUUAGCCAACCUGGUGGUUGUGGCAAUGGCCCUCAAUGUCCCUAUAGACACGUCCGUGGGGACCGAACCGUGGUCUGCAAACAUUGGCUUCGAGGACUUUGUAAAAAAGGCGACCAGUGCGAGUUCCUACAUGAAUAUGACAUGACCAAAAUGCCUGAAUGUUACUUCUAUGCUAGAUUCAAUGCCUGUCACAACAAGGAAUGUCCAUUCUUACACAUAGAUCCAGAGAGCAAAAUCAAAGAUUGUCCCUGGUAUGAUCGAGGUUUCUGCCGGCACGGGCCUCACUGCCGCCACCGUCACGUGCGCCGCGUGCUCUGCAUCAACUACCUGUCCGGCUUCUGUCCGGACGGGCCAAAGUGCAAGUACAUGCACCCCCGCUUCGAGCUGCCCGCGCCCCCGGAGCAGACCAAGGACGCCAAGCGCCAGCCUGUGUGCCACUACUGCUCUGAAGUGGGCCACAAAGCGUCCAGUUGUCACAAGAUACCUGCAGAACAAAGAGAGGCAGCACAAAGACAAGAGGAAGCCCGGUACCGCGCGCUGGGCUACGUGAAGCCGGCCGGCGAGGCGGAGGAGGGCCCGCGGCCGCGCGCCUUCGUGCACAAGCCGCUGGAGGAGGUCACGUGCUUCAAGUGCGGCACCAAGGGCCACUACGCCAACAAGUGCCCCAAGGGACACCUGGCUUUCCUCUCUAGCCAGGUUAACCAGAAUAACCAGCAAAUGUACAAAAAACCCAACUAGUAUAAGUAUGUGAAGCCCAACUAGGCUUCAAGAGACUCCUGUGAAGUGUAAUUUAAUAAGGACAAUGUAUUAUCAAAAAAGUGUUCUGUAUUUAUAUUGACAAAAUAGAAUACAGUUAAAAAUUCUAAGCAUAAACAAUUGCCCUGCAUUUUAAAAUGGAACUCUUUCA